CUUAUUUAUUAAUGUCGUUUUAAAAAGAGACCGUAACUUCUAUACAGGGUUUAUUUAGUCACCUGCAAUAAUUUACGGCCUGAAUAUAUAGGUCAUACUGAGAGACUUUUACUACGGGACCAAUUCUGAAAUCGUGAAAAGAAUUUUUACGCUCCCAUAGAAAAUGUCAAGGUCAGACAGCCAAAAUGUAUGAAACGGCCAAGUUUUUUCGCGAUUUCGGGGUUGGUUCGAUAGUAAAAGUGGCUCAGUAUGACCUAUAUAUUUACCCCGUAAGUUAUUGCAGGUGACUAAAUAAACACCUUGUAUACAAUAGAGGCCGCUCUUCAUUUUGGCGGAGAGUUCAAGUCUCUUCAUGCAAUGCAGUAUCAGUGAACGAUUAAAAUGGCCUAGCAUGCGUAAUAUUCUUACUAUCAAUCCUUAUCAAGAAGUGAAUUAGCAAUAGAUAAUGAACAAAAGCAAAUCAGUUUUAAAGUGCUAGUCGAUAUAUGAACGCGAAGUGUGUUUGUGUGGGCUAUUAUAUUUUGUGUGUGUAUAAAUAGUUACGCUUUGUGUAUAUAUAUAGUUACCCUUAUAAGUGAAAUAGAUCUGAAAAUGGAUUUUAGGACAUAUGAAGUGGUGCCGCGACGAGACUUGGAGUCUCAAUCCACCUCGAAUUCAGCAAAAAAACACAGCAUUUGGUGGAAUGUGUUUCUCGACGUUCCCAUACUCGCAGCCGUUGUUAUCGUCGUCAGCCUAUAUGAGUAUGGCAUCAUCCCCUCCUACAAGAGCGGCUUCUUCUGCAACGACCCGAACCUAAGCUACACGUUCAACGGAGACACUGUGAAAGAGGUGGUGUUAGUGACUACCGUCUUACUGAUGCCUUUAACAGCCUUCCUCAUCACAGAGCUGGUCCUCCUCGACUCUGACUACCUCCGUUCUCGGCCUGUAGAGGCCCUCAGGAGAACCGGUCUGCUGUAUCGGAACUAUAUGUACGGCUUGGUCUUCAACGUCCUUGUUGUUGAGAUCAUAAAAGGCCUAAGUGGAAUGCCGAGGCCGGUGUUCUUUCAAAUCUGCAAGCCGGAUACUGGAAUCAACUGUACAACGGGCGAAUACAUUUCUACCUUCGAGUGCACGUCGUCCUACUCCUGGUGGAAACAAUAUGACUCAUACCAUAGCUUCCCGUCGGGACACACCUCUUUAUCAGUCUACUGUGGACUUUUUAUUGCGUGGUACCUCCAACGCCGCGCGUUCUCCUGGUCGUCUCGGACGGUGCUUCUCGUCCCAUUGGCCCAGAUCUGCUGCGUCGGUUACGCAGCCGUAUGCUCCCUGUCCAGGAUAACUGAUCAUAGACAUCAUUGGUGGGAUGUCGCUGCUGGGAUGGUCGUUGGUGUAGUCACACUUUUAUUCGCGGUAUUUCCCAUCACCAAUAACUUCGCACUAGUGAGAGUAGCGAGUGUUUCAAAGACCCAGCAUUCCAGCACAGACCUGCUUUAUGUGACCUCAAGAAGACCUGUGUCUUAAUAUUAUGAAGUUAGUAGUAGACCCCAUUUAAGUGUUCGUUGCCAGAAUACUUCUAUUUGAGAGUGUCUCACAGAAAAAUAAAACCUACUCUGAGCAUGUCGGGCCAUGCUCAGAGUAGGGUUCCGUAGUUAUUCUUCCGUCACAAGAAGCUAAACUGGAGCUUAAAAUAUGGUAGAUUGUUAACCAAGGGAUGAACUGUGGGUGUACGUCUUUUUACUAUGAAGGGGAAACUUUUUGCGAUAACUCAAAAACAGCUAAACUGAUCAUAUCCGCUAUAGUUUUCAUUUAAUGUCUUUCUUAAGCUCUACUUCCAAGAUUUUUUUCAUAUUUUUUGGACCUAUGGUUCAAAAGUUGGGGGGGGGGGACAUUUUUUUUUCUUUCGGAGCAAUUAUCUCCGAAUAUAUUCACUCAAUCAAGAAAUGUUUGUUGAAGACCCCUAUUAGUAUUAGUUUUGAAAGACCUUUCCAACGAUAUCCCAAACUGUAGGGUUGAAGCAAAAAAAAAAAUUCACCUCCACUUUACGUGUAGGUACCCUAACAAAAAUUAAAUUUUUAGAUUUUAUUGUACGACUUUGUCGGCUUUAUUGAUUUAUAUAUCCAUGCCAAAUUUCAGCUUUCUAGCACUAACGACCACGGAGCAAAGCCUCGGACAGACAGACGGACGGACAUGGCGAAACUAUAAGGGUUCCUAGUUGACUACGGAACCCUAAAAAGAGGAAAAAACUUAAAUUCAAUAUAUGAAAAAUGCGGCUAUUUAAAGUACAAAUAAAAAUAAUUGAAAUGGGUGGAUCAACUUUUUUCGUACAAGUGACAAAGACUGAUUAUAGAAGUUAAGAGCAUUUAUAAAUUUCUCCGAAAUCUGUUUUUCGCUCCUAAUUUUUAUAUUAAUCAUGAAAUCGAAAAAGUGAAACGUAGAGUAAAUAUUUUUCAUAAUGUCAAUAUGCAGAGAGGAAAAUGGGGACUACGUUUGUAUGACGUCCCCUUUCCUCUUAACACUCGUCUGUAGGUAUAAUCCGGUAAACCACAAAAGUUUUGUAUUUAAAAGAUAUUAUAAAAUGUGUUCGGCUGCAUUAUAUAAUGUUAAAAUCUGUCAGUUAAAGUUAGCUCUUCUUCUCUUUUGUUAUGUGAAAGAAAAGGAUAGAGCUAACAUUAAUCGUCAGAUGAUUCUGAGAUUUGUUUUGACUUUAAGAUGUUGUUUUCUUAAUAUUAAGCAUUAAGUAUGACGACCGGUCUGGCCUCGUGGGUAGUGACCCUGCCUACGAAGCCGAUGUCCCGGGUUCAAAUCCUGGUAAGGGCAUUUACUCGUGUGAUGAGCAUGGAUAUUUGUUCUUGAGUCAUGGUGUUUUCUAUGUAUUUAUAAAAUAUUUAUAUAUUAUAUAUAUCAUUGUCUAAGUAUCCUCAACAUAAGCCUUAUUGAGCUUACUGUGGGACUUAGUCAAUUUGUGUAAUAAUGUCCUAUAAUAUUUAUUAUUAUUAAGUAUAAACUAUUUUUUAUAAAAAAAUAUAUCAUAUAAAAUAAAAUUGUAUUAUUAUUAUUAUCGAAUAAUCUACUUAAGAAAUAGUGACGAAGACCUCAAUCCUUUUUGCAUAAAAUGUUUGUAAAAAAGAUUGCAAGAAAAAAAUGUGAGUAGGUAGGUAAGUAUAUGAAUUGAAAGUCUUGGUCCAUGGGGUCCCAGCGCGCACAAGUUUUUUUGCAGAAAUCGCGAAGCGUCUGGUGACGUAACUGGUGACCGAAGAGCUGGCGGCUUCCGCUCACAACGUAUCAGCAUUGCGAUACAACGAGGAAAUGCCGCCAACAUCUUUGGUACAAUGCCUUAGGGGCCUAUUUUAGAUUUAAGCUAGUUAUAGUAAUCCUCUGUACUGUUAAACUAAAUACACCAAUCAUCAUCAAAUUAACGAUUUAAUAGAAUAAUAACCGGCCAAGAGCAUGUCGGGCCACGCUCAGUGUAGGGUUCCGUAGUUACUGUUCCGUCACAAUAAGCUAAACUGGAGGUACUACUAAACGAUACUAAAGUAGUAAAUUGUUAACCAAGGGAUGAAACGGUACCUUUCACCCGAGUUAAACAAAUAGGCAAAUUUGCAUAAUCAAUACCUAAUUAAAGUAAGUCUUUUUACUAUGAAGGGAAAACUUUUUGCGAUAACUCAAAAACAGCUAAACUGAUCAUUUCCGCUUUAGUUUUCAUUUAAUGUCUUUCUUAAGCUCUACUUCCACGAUUUUUUUCAUAUUUUUUGGACCUAUGGUUCAAAAGUUACAGGGGGGGGGGACACAAUUUUUUUUUUCUUUUGGAGCGAUUAUCUCCGAAUAUAUUCACUUUAUCAAAAAAUGUUUCUUUAAAACCCCUAUUAGUUUUGAAAGACCUUUCCAACGAUACCCCACACUCUAGGGUUGAGGCGAAAAAAAAAUUUCACCCCCACUUUACGUGUAGGGGAGGUACCCUAGAAAAAAUUAAAUUUUUAGAUUUUAUUGUACGACUUUGUCGGCUUUAUUGAUUUAUAUAUCCAAGCCAAAGUUCAGCUUUCUGGCACUAACAACCACGGAGCAAAGCCUCGGACAGACAGACAGACAGACAGACGGACAUGGCGAAACUAUAAGGGUUCCUAGUUAACUACGGAACCCUAAAACCAGACAUAACUUGGGAAACUCCACUACAGCCGCCAUUGCCGCGAUGCUCAUCUGUCAGUCUUUGCCGCCCUAUAGUGAUGUGACCAUAUCCAAUACCGAUUGUAGGCUGCACUCGAGAAAGCCUCAUCAUCGGUUAUCAGUAUAUAAUCAUUAUGUAUACUACAAUUGUAAAUAAAUAAAUGUAUUCUAUGCGAAGAAAAGUAUAUUAAUUAGGAAAUUUUGUAGGUUAGGGUUUUUUUCAUUGAGGAGGUGUGUUUUCUGUGUUACAUUAAAAGAAAUGGACUAUAAGCUUAAUUUUGGAUUUUUAUCCGAAAUAAAAUCAUUUUAUUUAUUUAUGUAAUUUUUUUUCUGGAUUUUCAUAGGUACCUGUUCAAACCUUCUACUUGUUAUAAGCUGGGAUUUAAGGUCAAUACGGCUAAAUCCGUCUGCGGAUACAUGAGCGUUUUUUUUAAAACACCCUUGUUUUUUCCACGAAUUUUUCAUUUCAGCAGUAAAUCUAGAUCUGCUCUAUUGCCUACAGU